AUGGAUUCAAAAACGCUGGAGGUCUCGCAUCCUCCCCGGAGCGCAGACCCUGCGCUCAACCCUGCGAAUCAGCAUCACCAUGCUCACCACCAGCAUUCUGCGUUCGCGGAAAGGGGUCGCGAAGACGAAGUGGUCUACGUCAAGGGUAUCGAUCAGUCCAAUAUACCGGACCAGAGCCCCCUAGACCAUGGCAGCCAGAGCCAGUCCGAGACGAAGCAAACCGGAGAUGUUGAGGCGGUUGAGGAAGAUAGGGAUGAGGGGAACAGGUUUAGCCGCUUCCGGGAACGGCACAGAGCUCAUUUUAUCAUGGCGACGCAUGCUGUGAUAUGGCUACUAUUUACUGGCUGGUGGAUUGCUGGCCUGAUCCUCCGCCGCAAGGACCUGGGAUGGGUUGUCCCGUUCCAGGUCCAUCUAGCAAUAUCGCUACGCUUGCUCUUCUUCUAUGUCCCAAUCUCUAUUAUUACCAGGCCGAUGCGCUGGGUUUGGCAUCGCACCGCGAUCCCAAUCGUUUCCUUUAUCCCAGAUAAAUUCAGAAUCCCGCUAGCAACCUUGGUGGUGGUUGUAGUCUUCCUGGUUGGAGCUUUCGCUUCGGAAGAAUCAGAGGACAACACCAGAGGCAACCGUGCCGUCAGUCUGUUUGGUUUGGUGGUGCUUCUAUUUACGCUAUGGGCCACUUCGAACAAUCGCAAGAAGAUCGUGUGGCAGACUGUUCUGGUUGGUAUGCUAGUGCAGUUUCUGGUAGCUUUGUUUGUUCUACGCACGCAGGCCGGAUAUGAUCUAUUCAACUUUAUCUCGGGUUUGGCUAGAGCGUUGCUGGGUUUCGCCGGCGAAGGAACAGCGUUCCUCACGCGAGAUUGGGUUCCGAGGGAGGUCACUUGGUUCCUGGUCACUGUUAUCCCUGCCAUCAUAUUCUUCGUCUCCCUGGUGCAACUGCUCUAUUACAUUGGUUUCAUUCAAUGGUUCAUUGGCAAAUUCGCUAAAACUUUCUUCUGGUCCAUGCGUGUGUCCGGUGCUGAGGCUGUUGUGGCCGCAGCUUCUCCCUUCAUCGGCCAAGGAGAAUCCGCCAUGUUGAUUCGCCCAUUCAUCAAUCACCUCACGCAAGCCGAAAUCCACCAAAUCAUGUGUUCCGGCUUUGCUACGAUUGCAGGCAGCGUUCUCAUUGCCUAUGUGAGCUUUGGCGUCAACCCACAGGCGUUAAUCUCAUCCUGUGUGAUGAGUAUUCCUGCAUCGCUUGCCGUUUCCAAAAUGAGGUUCCCCGAGACCGAGGAAACCUUAACGGCUGGACGGGUGAUAGUUCCGGAUGACGAAGAACACCGUGCUAAGAACGCGCUCCACGCAUUUGCGAAUGGUGCUUGGCUUGGUCUCAAGAUAGGAGCUGUUAUCAUGGCGACUUUGCUCUGUAUCAUCUCCCUCCUAGGUCUAGUCAAUGGCCUCCUAACGUGGUGGGGUCGGUAUCUAAACAUCAAUGACCCUCCCCUCACCCUGGAGAUGAUCGUCGGGUACAUUUGCUACCCGAUCUCCUUCUUGCUCGGCGUAUCCCGUACGGGCGACGACAUUUACAAAGUCGCCAAAUUAAUCGGCUUAAAGCUCAUUGCCAACGAAUUUGUCGCCUACGAGCAACUUCAAAACAACUCAUACUAUGCCGAUAUCUCUCCCCGCUCCCGCCUCAUCGCCACCUACGCCCUCUGCGGCUUCGCCAACAUCGGCUCUCUGGGCAAUCAAAUAGGUGUCCUCUCCCAGCUCGCACCGGGACGAAGUGCAGAUGUGACUCGCGUUGCAUUCAGUGCGAUGUUAACCGGGGCGAUGAGCACUUUCAGCAGCGCCAGUAUUGCUGGUCUGGUAGUCACUGACCAGCAACAGUUAGCUAACACUGCUGCUCCUCAAUAA